CGCCUUUCAAAAUCCCAGGUACUACUAUUGAACUCGCGAUGCGUUUCUGCGCAUCCCUCUAUAACUCAUAACUAACUAUAGGUCAACAUUGAUCUGUUCGCGUCAGUCUGAAGUUGUAAUUAUGCAAAGCCAGUCAGUUUCGCCAUAAAUAGUGAGAAAUUUUACCCAUGUAUUUUUUUUGUUGAGACGGAUGCAAGAGAAUCCUGCGUUUUGGUGAUAAAAAAGAAGAUUCUCACGGUCGUAGCCGUGAUCGCGUGGUGUUUUUUUUAAUAUGGGAUAAUGUCGCAUGUGAUUAUACUUCCUGUAGAGAUGCAAGUAGGAGCUCUACCAGGGGCCCGCGUUCGCAGUUUCGAUCGUAUUUCGCGUCAGUGCAUGAAGUCGUAUCUUUGUAUUGCGGUUAUUAAUAUGGUGUGGUCUUUUGUUGUGUGUAACUAAGAAACAUUAUUGUUGAACAUAUGAUUGUAAUGGCCUUGAUUAUGACAUUGCUUACAGUUGUAGAGCCAAAGAAACAAUCCAACACAAUGGCCUUGUGAACUUGUUGUUCCUUGUUACCUUCUGUCUUAUCAUUAAAAUGUGCUCUAAACACAGUAUAAGACAUAUUUAGGGGCUUUCAGCACUUUACAAAAAAUUGCAAUUAUAUGAUUGCACUUUGAUGUACCUAUAGUAUGUAUGCAUAGGUACAUAGGUGGGUGCAGCCCUGCCCAUUGAGUAUUGAUUGAUUUUCACUCACUAGUCAGUCCAUUUUGGAUACUUAGGAUUUAAAAGUGCUAUUCUCAUUUAAUCUUCAUUUUCAUAAGCAUUGAUAGUGAUCCAUGAUUAAAUAAAAGUUAAGUUUAAGUAAUAAAGAUAGUUAUUAGUCUUUGUGAAAUGGAUUGGUGUAAGAUUUUGUGAGAGAGUCCAAAGGAUUGGUCUAAGUUCAUGCCAGACUUUAAGGUGGUAUACUAAUCUUUGUCAGGGGACGAGAUCCUCCUCUUUCUUCAAGAUCUCAGAGUUAAAUACAGACUCACAUGUCGCGAUGUAAGGCAAAACAUAAAUUUCUUAUUCAGAUGUUGGAUUUUACAUUAUAUAUGAUUUCAAACUAAAGUGGAUAAUAGUAGAGUCUUGUAUUUUUAUAACAUUUUUGUUUUCAGAUUGGUAAUGCUUAGCAAUUCAACAAAGAAGAUUGUAAUAACCACUUGUGUUUUAUCUUGUAUGACUAUGAUACAUGUGUGUGGCUUGAUUUUUGACAUUGUUCAUGAACAUUUUUUUAUAUAGAAGUGUAAAACUGAAAUAGUAAAAUAAAUUUUAAUUAAUUUCAUAAAGUAUAAUAAAGGUGGGAUAAUAUCAACAUAUUUUUGCCCACAUGGUGUGUAAUAAAUAACAAUAUCACCAAAAAUAUAUCCUGAUAUUUUGCUCAACCUUAUAUUUGGACAACAUUAAAUGCCAUUCUAUUAUGGAAGCAAUGUGUAGAGUUGUUUGCUCAGGGAAAUAAAAAAAAAUACAGUUUUUCUAUUAUUAUUGAAUAUUGCCACACAUAUGUAGAGUAUUGUUAUAAAUGAUCAAUCUUCAUGAUAAAAUGUAACACUUUCUUAUUGUUUUCGUAGUUUAUGUUAUUAUUUUGUCUCAACACCAUAUUUAAUAGUUACAAUUGGGUAUUUCUUUUUGUUAAAGUGAAAUUCAUGUUCUUUUCUUGUCUCAAAAUUUCUUCAGUUUACCGACUUGGUUUGGAUUGGCUAUUUAUCGUUUUUCAUUUAUAACUAAUAAAAGGUAUUUGUAUAACAGCAUUGUCAGCCAAUAUGGGUUGCCAGUGAGGAGGUCUGGACUUGUGAAUGAGGGAGAGGUCAUAGUAUAUGGGUGUGGUUACACUAUGGCUUGGUGGAUACCAUGAUAUUGACCUCUUGGCUCCCUCAUAAGAUAAUACUUGAUAAUAUUUUUCUCCACAGUUGUGGUUUGGUGAUAACAAUGAUGAAACAUAUAAAGUGUAAUCUGUUUUGACAUGGACCUGUAAGUGGAAACUGUUACCUGUGCCCCUGCUUGCCAAGUUAUUCUUAAACUUAUACCAAUGAAACUAAGCUUUAUUUUUUAUUAUUUUAUUAUCUUCUCAGUUAAUCUGUGCCUCCUUGUAGUGUGCUUUUGUGACAGUCAUUGUUUUAAGGACACUCUUCAUGGCAAGUUGCCAUCACCAUUCAUUGUUACUAUGAGAACAGUGAUUGUUUUGUAAUCUUUGUUUUUACUCUGUUUUCCUUCAACUGAUUGCAAUACACAACAUUGGAAACAUUGUGGUGUAAACUGUGAGAACUGUCUUAUUUCUUGAUGUGUGGGUUCACAGAAUUGGGGUUUAUAUCCUGACAAUGUCUUGAGUGAUCCCAUUUAUGUAAAUAUUACUGUUUACUUGAUGGUUUAUGUGUAGUUGCAUUCAUUUGUGGUUGUGUAUGAAUUAUUAAAGCAACAAAUGUUUCUCAUAAGUAGAGUCACUCAACUUUGAUACACAUUGCAUAAUUAAUGAUAGUUCAUUUCAUAACCACUUAUUGAAGACCUUUUUUUAUUGAUUUCCGACAUUCAAAUAUAGAAAUACUCGAUGAAUCAUGCUUCUGCAUUGUGUUGUCUAAUUACUCCAUGUAAUGUAUAAAUGUGUUCUGUAUCAACUUGUGCCCAUCACAUGCUGUCAUUAAACAAUAUAUUCACUAUUUCUGGUGCCAGAUGCUUUAGUAUUUUCUUGUUUCAUACAGCCAUAACUGUCUAGCUGGUGUUGAUAUAAAAGUGUGUUGAAAACUAUCUAUACAAGUAUAAUGCCAUAACUCUAUCAAAUAUUGGUUGGUGCAAUAGUAGUUUGUAUGUGAUUGGAGAAAAGAGUGCGAAGAUACAAUGUUGCGAAACAACAUGCACGUUGUUUCUACCAAAAAGGUUCACUAUGCAAUUAACCUGAAUGCUAGGAAUCCUGCUCAUGCACACCUGAUAACAAAAGUUUACCAAGUACUUGACGAACCACCCAAUAGUAUGGAUCCAUCAUGCUCCGGAAAGAGGUGGGAGACUUAUGAUGGGACAAACGCUACCUUCCAUGUUUUACAAGAGAUUAAGACUGAGAAUGAUCCAGGGGCCUCGCACAGCAAUGGUAGGCAGCAAAUCGACGAUAUUGAAAGAGAAGAUUUUGAUGAAGAAAAUAGAAUCUUGAAACAUUGUUCAGGAAUGAUUGUCGAAGGUCAAAUAGAGCCAGCUUCACAUUAUUCAGGAAAUCUCUCCAGUGCUAAUUCCAGCCUGGCAUCCAGUUCGGAGACUAUAUCUAAUUUGUCCAAUUUAGUACCUCAGGAUUAUAGUCUCCCUGGUUGUAGCAAAGAUGGAGAUGAUUCCAAUACUACUAUUAAGAAUAUGAUUCAGUCAAAACAAAAUGUAGUGCAUGAGCAAAAAGAGGAUUUCAUGCAGAAGCUGUUGAAUAGUAAUAUACAAGAAAAGAAAGUUUUCCCUAAGGGGAAACUUUAUAAGGGUGACAAUUUGGGUUGCGAUAAUGAUGAGGGUUGUGAUAUAGAUGGUGUGAGCGGGCCUUCAGGGAGGACCAGCUCGAACGCGUCGAGUAUAGGAAGCUCUAGUUCAGAUAGCACCAAGGGGUUCAAUGUGCCGUCCACCUCCAAUGCCGAGAAGCUGCUCGGCCUCGACGAGAUAAAGGUUGAGCCGGGAAUAAAGAUCGAGCCGGAUAUAAAGAUUGAGCCGGGUAUAGAGAUUGAGCCGGGUAGUUCUAAAUCUUCGAACUACAACUACUGUGAUGGUGAUGAAGAUUCGGACGACGACAACGUAGAAGAGUCUUGGUGUACGUGCCUGUCAUCCCAUGAGGAUGACGACGACGAUGAUGACCCAGAACCAGAACCGGAAAGACUUUGGCGGAAGCGCCGUCAUGAUCAACAUCCACCGCAUAGCGGUAAGAAGUUCUGCGCGGAGUGUCCGUCACCAUCGCCCUACACGACCGAAAGAUGGCCAUCUCCCACUCCUCUCCCCUCCGUCAUAGUGCCCAACACUAGUGUCAUCGCCGCGCAAGCACCGCCGGAUCUCAAGUCCUGGUUGGGCAGAUUCAAUAACUGGACCAACGUGGAGAAGAUCCAGGCUAUUGAUGAGCUCAUAGGCUGCUGUGCCCCGAGCCAGGUCCGGCACAUGAUGAAGUCUAUUGAGCCUCUGUUCCAGCGGGACUUCAUAUCCCUUCUGCCCAAGGAGCUUGCUCUUACUGUGCUCGGGUACUUGCAACCCAAGGAUCUGCUGAGGGCUGCCCAAACUUGUCGGUACUGGAGGUUCCUUGCGGAUGACAAUCUCUUAUGGAAGGAGCAAUGCCGUCGCAUUGGUAUCACCACCUUGAAGAAGGUGCCUCGUUCUUUGCCCCGCUGCGCCAGUCCUUGGAAGGCAGCGUACAUGCGGCAGUAUCUGAUCGAGAGCAACUGGCUGCACAAGCCUGUGGCCUCUCCUAUCAUCAUGAGGGGUCAUGAUGACCACGUCAUUACCUGCCUGCAGUUCUAUGGCAAUCGCAUUCUCAGUGGCAGCGACGACACCACGCUCAAAGUGUGGUCGGCCGUCACCGGCAAGUGUUUACGCACGCUGGUUGGUCAUUCCGGUGGCGUGUGGUCCUCCCAGAUGGUAAACGACCUGGUGAUCAGUGGCUCCACUGACCGUACCCUCCGUAUAUGGAAUGCUAAGACUGGACACUGCCUGAAGGUCCUCGCGGGGCACACUUCUACCGUGCGUUGCAUGCACCUCCACCAAAACAGAGUGGUGUCUGGAUCCCGCGACGCUACUCUGCGAUUGUGGUCUGUACCUGAAGGUCGUUGCCUCCGUGUCCUGAUCGGUCACUUGGCUGCUGUGCGGUGCGUGCAGUAUGAUGGCAAACUCAUCGUGUCUGGAGCGUACGACUACUUCGUGAAAGUAUGGAACCCGGAUACCGGCGACUGCUUGCAUACCCUCGCUGGACACACCAACAGGGUUUACAGCCUGCAGUUUGAUGGCGUCCAUGUUGUAAGCGGCUCUUUGGAUACUUCAAUCCGGGUAUGGGAUGUAGAGUCCGGACAACUGAAGCAUACCCUGACUGGCCACCAGUCUCUUACGUCUGGUAUGGAACUGCAUUCCAAUAUCCUGGUGUCUGGCAAUGCUGACUCCACUGUCAAGGUCUGGGAUAUAACAACGGGCCACUGCCUCCACACCUUGUCUGGCCCCAACAAGCACCAGUCAGCGGUCACCUGCCUUCAGUCGAGCAACCGGUUCGUUAUCACCUCUUCGGAUGAUGGUACGGUCAAGCUAUGGGAUGUCCAUACGGGCGAGUUCAUCCGAAACCUGGUGGAAUUAGGCUCUGGUGGUUCCGGUGGUGUUGUCUGGCGCAUUCGUGCUUCUGCUACGAAACUCAUCUGCGCCGUCGGCUCGCGUAAUGGCACGGAGGAAACCAAACUUCUAGUGCUUGACUUCGAUGUGCCCGGGGCUUGCCGUAAGUGCGACGAAUAGCAACGACUGAACCGACGCCUCGUGCGUCGCUACGCAAACCUCUACGCGCCUUGGCACUGUUAAAGUGCAUCUUAGUGUCUGUGUCGGUCCUUAACGUGGCUGCUUGCGUCCUAUAGUUUGUCCCUUUUUUAUAAUCCCUUCUGGAUUUGUUGGAAGGAUAAGUGUGAAUGUCUGCGCAUGGUCCUGUGAUGCUGUAGAAGUCAUGGACCCCAUUUGGAUGUGAUAUGUAGCAUAGAGUACCAUGACUUAUACAGCAUGACAACGGCCUUAGUAUUUAAUACAAACUGACGCUAUAACAGCGGCGUAAUAUAAUUCCCCACCAGGCCAUGGCGGUAACGGACAAAUACAUACUCGACCUGGAGAAUGGUAUAUUUUAAUCUAGUAGUUUGUGAAGUGGCUCACCCAUAGCAGCCGAAAGUAUCACAUUAUGUAAGAUUAAAUCGAUUUUUUCGGGUCAUCAGUCUGUUACCGUCAUAUAGCGCUGUAAAGCAUCAUUUGACAGGGAUUAUAAACUAGCUCUUUCAUUGACAUUCCAUGACACCGACAUACGUCACUUGCCAUUAAAGGUCAAUGGAUGUCAAACAAAAGAAAUAAAUACAGCAAUUUAGGAGUGUAAGCACUUUAGAAUCUCAUACCGAAGACCCCGUAUUAGAUGUUAUCGGUACACAAUGGUGCAUAUCAUAUUAGUAGUGUAGCCGAUGACAGCACUCUGUCGAAUGAUGCGUUGCAACGCGCGACGGCCGACCAGCACAGCGACGACGAGGCGAGGUUCAGUCGGUUGCUGCGGCACUCGGUGCCGCGGAGUCAUCGGUAGGGCGUGGAGGAGCGCGAGUGUGAAUGUGCACCGUCGACGUGGCAAGGGGAUCAGUUGUACCCACCGGACUGUUUUUGCGCAACGUGCAAAUGGACUUAUUUUACUUACUAUAGUCUUGCGUAACUCAAGUAUCCAGAUGUACUCAAAUAAUAAAUAAUCAAUUCAAUACCAUUACUUCUAGUUGUAGUUGUUAAAAUGUUCAGUAGAUAAAAAUGGUGGCUAAACAACCAUGUCGCAUUGCCAAAUUCCUUUAUUUUUUACUCUGUGUUCCAAAGAGAUGAAAAUCGGAAUUAGAUGUUAAGUUUAUUUUUUUAUUUUAAUUUUUAAGAUGCUUCUCCGUGAUGUGUGAACUCGACACAGUAUAUUUUUACAUUGUUAAUUUAACAAUUAUUUACCUUCCGACACUAUUUAAGAUUACUAAUGAAAUUAUGUACUAUAAUUGUAUUGUAUUGAUUUUUAGUUUGCAAUAAUGAUGAAAUGUAUUCUAUUAUUUUAUUUUUCUUUGACAUUCGGCAUCUGUUUGCCAUAUUGGAAUUCAUGUUAAUUUUAUUUCUUAAUUAUUUCUUUUAAUUCAAUUAUUUGUUAUUGUGUUGUCCCAAAAUAUGUCGUUAUUUAAUUUGUGAAUUAUUUAUUUUGUGUAAUUAUUUUCUCUAAUGAAUACUGUGUCGUCCCCAAAUAUCUCAUUUUAAUGGCCAGCAGUUUUAUCGCUUAACUUGUUUAAUAGUCAGUUAAGAUAAUGUACGUUUCUAAUAUUAUAAACAUUAUAAACAUUUCAGACUUGUAAUGAUACCGAAUUAAGAUUUAAACAAUCUAAAUAAUCAUAAUUCUCGAUGGUGUUAGUAUGUGCGUAUGCAAUUGAACUUUGCGAUUUUAACGUAACGUGAUGCAGCGGGUGGCUAUAAUACACCCGCGGUGCAUGUAUUUAUUUGUUGUAUAUAUAUAUAUAUAUACAAAUAAUAAUGUGGUCAUUGAAGGUCGCGUUUGUGUAGCCACUACUCUUCAUAAAUGGCUGUAAUAUUAAAUAAUUAAACGAAGACUGAAGCAUAGUUAUAGUGUAAUAUUUAAAGUAUUAAAUUGUAGUUACUCCUGUACUACCGACCAUCACACUCAGCUGUAUGUCUUUGUUGUUUACCCUUCACCUCCGUUUUGUAAAACAUUCGGUCUCUAUUUGUUAUUAGUUUUAAGAUCAGACGCGAAACUGUUGCGGCAGUAAUGGAAAUGAAAUUUAAUUAGUUACGGCUUAUUGUAGUUCUUUUUAGUUUUAAAAUGUAAUUAUUACAUUAAGUAUUUUGUACAACCAAAAUGUUUCCAUAGCCGGGGCUAGAAAUAAUUAGUUGGUGUACCAUGUUGGACCCGUGUAGUCUGUAACUUUGACAGUACGUGACCGAGUCCGCCGGUCGCACGGACCUCAUACCUACAUUUCCCACACUUUGCUCAAGUUUAAUAUAGUUGAUACAUAUUUCUAGCCCCGAUGUAACUACGGCAUUUUCUAUCGAAUCUUAUUAAUUUUACUAUGUAACUUUCAAUUCACCAACGAAUUCUGUCAAGUAAACGGGCGAGUGUGCGCCGUCUAAUCGUAACGUGCUUGAAACAUUGGGGAGAUGAGAAUUAAACGGGGCAGUUUUGAUCACAUACUUCGGUUAUUUUAUUGUAGCGAUAUACUACCGAGCGCGCGAGACGACACGCAACGUUACUGCUCUUCAGUAUGUACUUACUUUUAUGAAAUUGUUGUUGUUUUGUUUCAAAUCCCUUAAAACGGUCAUUCACUUACUUAUAGCAGGAGUUUCGCGUCUCCGCCGCGCGCUCGAUAUCGCCCGUUCGAACAAAUUGACAGCACAACUGCAUGUAUGUAUGGUGGUACUAGACGGCAAUGUCGGGUUGUUAUUAUUUCACUUUUAUUUCUUCAAUUCCUUUUGCUUUUAUGUAUAAUUAUAAUAAAUUCAAUUGUUUUCAAGUU